AAGAGAACGCGGAAGACUGUCAAUAAACGUGUGCUGUAGGGGACGUUAUCUGGAAAUUUCUAGCAAGAGAUAUCUGUGCAGAAAACGACAACGCGUGUCAUAUACAUAUCUACAAAGGGAGAGUAUAGUGAGCGGUAAACAUGUCCGUUAUUUCAGAGGAACACGUUCGAGGUGGGAGCGUUUUCAAGGAUAUUAGCGCAGACGACGAAGACUGGCAGCCCACUGAGAUUGAGAGUCUGUGUAUGAACUGCUACAAGAACGGUACGACACGUUUGCUUCUGACCAAAAUCCCUUUCUUUAAAGAAAUAAUUCUCAGCUCCUUCAGCUGCGUCAGCUGUGGCUGGACAAACACAGAAAUCCAGUCUGCGGGUAAGAUUCAAGAGCAAGGCGUGUGUUACACGCUGAAAGUCAAAACAAAAGAGGACUUGAACCGGGAGGUUGUGAAAGCAGACAGCGCGACCACGAGGAUCCCCGAGCUGGAUUUUGAAAUCCCUGCCUUCACUCAGAAAGGCUCACUGUCUACCAUUGAGGGUCUUUUAGACAGAGCGGUUGCAGGGUUGGAGCAAGACCAGUCUGUGAGGCGAGCCACAGCUCCUGAGGUGGCUGAGAAGAUAGAUGAAUUCAUCCAGAAGCUAGGGAAGCUAAAAGAGGUCGAAGAUGAGUUCACGCUGGUGAUUGAGGAUCCAUCUGGGAAUAGUUUUGUGGAAAAUCCUGUGGCCCCACAAAAAGAUGAGGCUCUCACAGUAACCCGGUUCAAGAGGACAGUUGAGCAGGAUAUACAGCUGGGAAUAAGGGCGGAUGACGACCUGGAUGAAGAGCCAGCAGGCGACGACCUGGAGACGAUGAGGAAUGAGGUUUUGAUGUUUGACACAAACUGUCCAGAGUGCAAUGCACCAGCCUCCACCAACAUGAAACUGGUCCAGGUCCCCCACUUCAAGGAGGUCAUCAUCAUGGCCACCAACUGUGACAGCUGUGGCUGUCGGACCAAUGAGGUGAAAUCAGGUGGAGCCACAGAAGCGCUUGGCACCAAGAUCACCCUGCACAUCACCGAUCCUUCAGACAUGGCCAGAGACUUGCUGAAGUCAGAGACAUGCUCCGUCGUCAUCCCAGAGCUGGAGUUUGAGCUGGGUAUGGCAGCCCUGGGUGGGAAGUUCACCACUCUGGAGGGCCUGCUGAAAGACAUUAAAGACCUGAUUGUCUCCAAAAACCCUUUUGUCUGCGGGGACAGCAGCACUACAGAUCGGAUGCAGAAGCUGAGAGAGUUUGGAGAGAAAAUAGACGAGGUCAUUGAAGGAAAAAUGGAUGCCCACAUCGUCCUGGAUGACCCUGCGGGGAACAGCUAUUUACAGAAUAUCUACGCCCCAGAACCGGAUCCUGAGAUGACUGUUGAGAAGUACACUCGCUCGUUUCAGCAGAACGAAGAGCUCGGCCUAAAUGACAUGAAGACUGAGAAUUAUGAAGAAAAAUGAUGUGCCCGGAGCAGCUGAAGGGACUGAAUGAGUUUAUGUGCUAAUUCUUUGUCAAAAAAAACCCAGUAUAAUUAAAAAGCUCCAUAUUUUUGUCCACUUUGACACAUUUUAAGUUAAAUCUGGGUGACCGGUUGCUUCCAUUGGUACGUUGAUCAGUGAGGAAAAGUUUAAGUUUUCUAAAUGUACUGUAAAGUAAAACAAAGCCAUAUAAAUGAGUUGUAUGAUAACAUAUUGAAGUGCUAUUAAUGUUACAUCCUUGAUGACUUAUUGCAUUCUUGUGAAGUCCCAGAAGAUGGCACUGUGCUUACUCAGAUUAAAUUACUUUUAUCUUUCAGUGGACCACA